AUGACAUCCAAGCAGCUUAUGUUGCUGCCCUGGUUGUACACUCUCUGCAAGGAGCAGUCCUUCUGUGACUGCACCAUCUUCAUUGGGAAUGUGCAUUUUAGAAUGCACAAGGUGGUUUUGGCUCCUGCCAGCCUGCUGUUUAAAUCCGUGUUGGACAGCACAGACACCAUCUCCACUGAUGCUUCUGUGGUAACACCUUAGGAGUUUCCACUCUUACUUGAGAUUACGUACAAUGGCAAACUCCCACUGAGGAAACACAAUUUCACCAAAGUAAUCUCUGUGGCAGAUAGUCUGCAGAUGUUUGAUGUGGCUGUUAGUUGCAAAAACCUCCUCAGGGAUCUCAUAAGUUGUUCUGCUCAGGACCAGGUAGUAAAAGGAAUCUUCAGCCAGGAAGCAGAUUCAUCUGGAAACCAAGCUGAAGCUAAUUACCUGCCCCAGUCUGGAAGACCUGAUGAAGAAAGAACAUUUAUUAUCCUCAUUCAGAGAGUUUCUUCUUUCCCUGUAGAAGCAGAAAUGGAAGCAGGUGUUUCUCCUCCUGGCUAGGAACUUACCGUGAAUCAUACCUGGGUUCAUCAGGACACAAUGUCAAGUGAGUGCAGGUCCCUCCGGGAGGAUUCAGGCUCUGGCCCUGACCAGCCUGCCCAUGCUGAGUGGAGUGGCGGUAUGGAAGAGGAGCUUGCUGAGCUGCCAGAGGGGGAAAGGCGAUCAAGGGAUUUAGGUGAGAUAGAGCAAAACUAUAAAAUGGAUUUCUUUGUUUGAUCUGAAAAUGUUUUCUCUGAGACUCUUUCUGAUGCCCAGGCUGUGCUGAAAAGACUCAAAGAGUGCAGAGAAAUUGAUGCCUCUCAAAAGGAGGGUCUGGCUGCUCUGGCCAAGGCAGAGGAUCAUUCAGUGUUCAAGAAGCUGCUGGGCAAAGUUAAGGAUGCUCACACCCAGGAUAGUGACACUUGGGAUGCUCAGCCCCUGGACACUCAGACCCUUGUGUCUUUUCUGAAGCUGUUUCAAGACACAAAUCCUGAGCCGAGGGUGGCUUUGCUGGAGAGGGAACAGGGCAGUGGAGAAGCCCCACAGUAAGCAGAGAGCAUAGCUGAUGAAGAGAUGCUGACCGCUCGCUUGCUGUGCUGCAGGGAGGAGCUGAUCUGGAGCAUGAUGCAGCUGAGCCCCAUCAGAGAGUUGGAGACAGUAGAAGAGGGAUUCCUGACUGCCUCAGAGAAGGGGGUAGCUUUGGAUUGCUGUGAAGGCAGCUCUCAGAGGGAAGCCAUGGACAAUCUGAUCAGGAAGGUGGAUGAAGAGAAAACCCUGAAAGUGAAACUUCUGGAGGCUGUGAAAGCAUCCUCCCCUGGACUCCAGCCUCUGCUGGACAACUUGGUGGCAAGAGCAAACAUCUCUGAUGGUAAAGGCAAAUGGAGCCCAGAGGAUUAUAGGGCCCAACUGUUGAGACAAUACCAAGAGAACUUUGUGGAGCUCCUGACAGACACCGAGGUGUUGCUGCAGGACAUCUCUGCUGCUUGGAGCCUGACUCCUGCAGAGAAAGAUAUGAACAGGCUCCUACACUUGUGAGGCUGUGGUUUCACCUGCCUUGUGUUGGCAGUGCUGGAGCAGCAGUCCUUGUCUGUCUCUGCUGUUUGGCAACUGCUGAUGACUGUGCAGGAAUCUGCAUCCCCGAAACUGUUCAUGAAGGAUAUCUAGAAACAACCCAGCUCAGAAUUUUUCUUCCUCACAAUGGCUAUCAGUGAGAACACAGCCUAGAUCAUCCUGCGGCAUGGCAAGCUGAUUCAAGCCAUCCAGCAAAGAGAAGACCUGAAGGGCUUGGCUUUGGGGUAGGCAGGGCUCAGGGAAGCAGUGAAAGAGAUUGAGAUCCUGGGUCUCUUGAUUGAGGGAAGAGGGCAGAAACCUGGGAUCAGGAGGUGGAAAGUGAACAGUGAAUCCCAAUUUGAAGUUCUGGACAAAGAUAAGGACAAGGCAGGAGGUGCCAGUGCCAAAGAAGCACAGGAAUCCCAGGACAAAGCUUCUUCCAAUAAGAGUUUUGUCUGCAAAACCUGUUGCAAAGCCUGUGAUAAGGUCUUUCACUUCUACUGCCGCCUGAAGGUGCACAUGAAAUGCUGUCAGGUUGCCAGAGGAAAGCAGAUCCAGCAUAAAGAGUGCGGCGAGGUCAAGUCGACAAAGAAUGAGCUGGAGAAGCAUCAGCUGGAGGUCUAUGGGAUGGUGGGUAUGGCCAAGAAGAAAAAGAAGAAGAGGCUCCCCAUGGCAUGUGACAUUGGAAGAGAGUUUGCUCUUGCCUCAGUUCACAAUGUUGUGGCAGACCUCCGCAUUGCUCAGUUGUCAGGGCUAUGUUAUCACAAUAGGACCCACCACUCUGAUGUCUCUGCAGCUCAGAAUCACUGCUCCUCCAAGUUCUCCUCCCUGCGGUGCAGGUGCUGUGACAAAACCUUCACCAGCACUGCUGCUCACCAAAAGCACAUCAAGGCAGAGCACACAGAUGUGAAGUUCCAUGAGUGUGAGUCAUGCAUGGAGCUGUUCCCCAUGCUGGCUCUCCUGCAGGCAGUGAAGUGCAGGCACUCAACUUCCCAACCAUUGUGCUGCUUGUACUGCUUCAUUGUUCCGCUCCCUGGGGCCCUGCAGAGCCACGUCACCAGCCAGCACUUCACACAAGAUAGCACCUUCAUGGGUGAGCUCUUCCCCUCCCAGGGCAAGCUGGAGGGGCACCUCAGCACUGAGCAUUCAUCCAAGGUGACCUCCCAAGCCACCACUGCCCAGAUUGUGCAGGUGACUCAGACAUCAGAGCAAGGAGCAGCAGAGCACAUAAUCUCUUGCGAUGAUGCCAAACUUGUGACGUUGCCCAAAUCCCAAAUGAGACAAACUGGCUCUGAGGUGGUAACUGUGGAGCGUUUGUUUGAUAAAGUCACUCUGAUGUGUGAAGAAAUCAAGUGA